UGUCGAAAUUUAAUGAUUCACCGUUUUAUAAAGCAAACGUUUUAGAAAAAAAAUAAUAAAAAGAGACAUUAAUUCAUAAACAGCUGAAAAGCUACUGGUUUUUGAACAUCAUUGACUGCAUUUAAUCAUUUAAUCAUGCCUCGUAUUAUGAUAAAGGGUGGUGUUUGGAGAAACACUGAGGAUGAGAUACUGAAGGCAGCUGUUAUGAAAUAUGGCAAAAAUCAGUGGGCUAGAAUUGCAUCAUUGUUACAUAGAAAAUCUGCCAAACAGUGCAAGGCUAGAUGGUAUGAAUGGCUGGAUCCCAGCAUCAAGAAGACCGAAUGGAGCCGGGAAGAAGAAGAGAAGUUAUUACAUUUGGCCAAACUUAUGCCGACACAGUGGCGUACUAUAGCCCCAAUUGUAGGACGUACAGCAGCACAAUGUUUGGAACAUUAUGAAUAUUUACUAGACAAAGCUCAGAAUCGUGAUGAAAGUGAAGAUGACCCGCGGAGGCUCAAACCUGGAGAGAUCGACCCUAAUGCAGAAACUAAACCAGCCAAACCAGAUCCUAUUGACAUGGAUGAAGAUGAAUUGGAGAUGUUAUCUGAAGCUAGAGCGAGGUUAGCUAACACGCAGGGUAAGAAAGCUAAGAGGAAAGCUAGAGAGAAACAGCUGGAGGAGGCCCGACGAUUAGCUGCGUUACAGAAACGUAGAGAACUUCGUGCUGCAGGAAUAGAAAUCAAGAAGAAAUCUAGAAGAAAGAGAGGUGUAGAUUACAAUGCAGAAGUUCCUUUUGAAAAGAAACCUGCCCCAGGGUUUCAUGACACAUCUGAGGAAAACUAUGAUCCAUUGGACCCAAACUUCAAACGUUUACGACAACAAGAUUUAGAUGGUGAGAGAAGAGAUGCUAAGGAAGAGAGAGAAAGAAGGAAAGAUAAAGACAAACAAAAGAAGAGAAAAGAAAGUGAUUUACCUGGUCAUAUAGCUGGACAGAGCAAUUUCCAAGAGCCGGUAAAGAAAAGAAGUAAACUUGUGUUACCAUCACCCCAGAUCUCUGAAACAGAGUUAGAAGAGGUGGUAAAGGUAGGAUAUGCCAGUGAGAAUGCUCGAGCCCAGGCCGAGGAAUCCGGCAUGCAGAAUGGAGCCACACAGAGUCUGUUACAGGAUUACUCUGUUACACCAGGAAGCUCUGCGCUCCGUACACCUAGAACUCCAGCUCUCGCUUCUGAUGUUUUAAUGCAGGAAGCUCAGAACAUCAUGGCUUUAACAAAUGUGGACACCCCUCUGAAGGGAGGUCUGAACACUCCUCUACAUAACUCAGACUUUAGUGGAGCCACACCUCAGGCUAGAAAUAUCCAGACUCCUAAUACAGUGCUAGGUACACCUUUCCGAACCCCAGGGCCUGCAGAAGAUGGUGGUAUGACCCCUCACGGAUUGACACCCAUGAUAACACAGAAUGGACAGCUAGGUGUUACACCUCUGAGAACACCUAUGAGAGAUAAACUCAACAUAAAUCAGGGUGAUGACUUUGAAUCAGGAUCUUUUGAACAGCAAGAUCCUAGAGAUCAACUGAAGAGAGGUUUAGCAGGACUACCACAGCCAAAAAAUGAUUUUGAGAUACUGGUUCCCGAAGACAUGAAUGAGGAAGGGGAUGAAAUUGGGGACCAGCACCAGUAUAUUGAAGACCAGGCAGAAAUUGAUGCUCGCUCCGAGGCCGACAGAAGAGCUCGAAUGGAGAAAGAAUUAAAGUUACAGUCACAUUCAGUACAGAGGGAUCUGCCGCGACCAUAUGAUGUCAAUGAGAAUAUAUUGAGAGAUGUUGGUCCAGGUGACCCUGCCCUAACUGAUCUACAGAAGGCAGAGGAGUUAGUGAAGCGUGAAAUGUUGAUUAUGCUACAUAAUGAUGCUGCAUACAAUCCAACAGAGUUUCAGCUGGGUAUCACACCUGGCUCCAAGAAGAAUCAGCCCAGCCAGAAGAGUGUAGCUAACCAGGCAGCACAUAUAGCUUUCCUUAAAGAUCAUCCUCUAAAAAAAGUAACAGAGGAUGAGAUCGAGCAGGCGAGAGAAUUGUUACAUCAGGAGAUGGAGGUUGUAAAGCGUGGUAUGGGACAUGGUGACCUGUCAUUAGAGGCGUUCUCUCAGGUCUGGGACGAAUGUUACUCCCAGGUGUUAUAUCUACCAUCACAGGGCAGAUAUACCAGGGCAAACCUGGCCAGUAAAAAAGACAGGAUAGAAUCUCUCGAGAAAAGACUUGAGAAUAACAGGUCCUACAUGACAAAAGAUUCCAAAAAAGCUGCCAAACUUGAAAAGAAAUUGAAAAUUUUAUUGGGAGGUUAUCAGUCUCGAAGUCAAGGUUUAUAUAAACAAGUUAGUGAAUUACAUGAGCAACUUGAACACACGUAUGUUGAGUUGACAACAUUUGAAAAUCUACGCCAACAUGAAGUGGGAGCCAUACCUAAAAGAAUGGAGUCUUUAACAGAGGAUGUGGUACGACAGACGGAGAGAGAACGUGAAUUACAGAAACGUUACAGCGACCUCCAGUUCCGCAUGUCCUUAUUACAAGUCACAAAAUGAUCAUUGUACCAUCACCACUACGUAGUGCAUUCAUUUUUUGAUACAUUUUUGUAUCUUUUAUUCAUCGAACAUUUGUAAAUAUUUAUCAGUCUGAGUCUGACAUCUUUCACAUUGAAUACAUACAUUCUGCUAACAGUCCUUAAAAUGUUUAUAUUUUGUAAAUUAUUGGUUAAAAAUCAUGGUUUAAAAAAUUUAUUUUAUAUUGAAAAUUGCUAGAAAUUAGAAUUGUUUAGCAAAGUACACGUUCUACUCAGUGCACAGUAACAAGACUUGUGCAAGAGUAGCCCCUAUGUCACAUGAUUACAAUAAUUGAUUCAAAAAUAGGGGAAACCAAAUGCUUGACUAAUCAUUUAAAUUUAUAAUCCAGGGGAGAUAAUAGACAACUCUGUAAAAAUAAAAUGUGAAAAGGUUAA